AUGGCUUUUCCAAAUUCAGCUAAAAUAUUAAAAUUAAUAAUUAUAUUUAUGGACGAACGUCGUUAUGGUAGACAAAAGGACUACAAGGCGUCCAAAAGCGACCCUAAUGCUAGACGAGUUGAAGAACAAAUCCGAAUUCGUAAAACUAUCAGAGACGCUGAACUAACAAAGAAACGUAACAAUGUUACUGAACUAUUAAAUGCAGGCGUGCUAACUCCUAUGUACAAGCUUCUGCAACACGAGGUAAUAACCAUUGUUGAACAGGUCGUCUGGUUUGUAGGUAAUGUCGCUGGUGAUUGUGACAAGUGUCGAAAGCUACUUAUUAACCAAGGGUUUCCUUCUGCAAUUCUUCAAGUUCUACGUAACCAGCUUCCAAUAUCGAACAAUACGUUGUUUAUUAUAAGGAUUAUUGUAUGGACACUGACCAAUUUCACCCGAAGUGCAAAGUAUUUAAAACCAUCUGAUCUAAAUCAGUGGAUAAAUAUUUUGAACGAGUUUUUAGUCUCUGUUGAUCAAGAAAUAUUGAGUGACAGUUCAUGGUCUACGUUUUAUAUCUUAGAUAGCUUUCUUAGUGGGGAACAAAACGAAAUUAUCAAUAUUUAUAUUAAAUCGGGCUUAGCGAGUAAAAUUAUAGCUAAUCUCAAAACCGACCCACCAAACAUAUCAUUGUCAGCUUGUUUAAGAUCAUUAGGAACUUUAUUAACCGGAAACGACUCGCAAACUGAUAUAUUGUUAAACUUAGAUUGCAUUGAACCUCUCAAGAAUUUGUUGAGUUCAACUAAAAAAGAAGUUAGACGAGAAGCAUGUUGGGCAAUUAGUAACAUAACAGCUGGAUCCACUAAACAAAUCCAACUUGUUAUCGAUAAAAACGUAUUCCCCAAACUAGUGGAAAUUUGUUACGACAGUAACUUUGAUAUUAGAAAAGAAGCCAUUUGGGCUUUAUCCAACGCAUGUACCAGCGCUACAAAAGAGCAGAUAGCGUAUUUGUUUGAAAUCAACGUUCUUAAAUGUUUUUCCAAAGAAAUUAACUGCUUAGAUAGUAGUUUGAUGAACGUUGUGCUCGAUGCUCUCAUUCGAAUCAUCGCGAUUGGUGACAAAGUGAAAUUCGACUCGAAUUUACCUUACAAUCCGUUUAUAAACGCGAUAGAUAACGCGGGUAUUUUGCGUCAAUGUGAAAUGAUUAUUUACGAUCGUAAGCAUGACCGCCUAACGCAAAAAGCAGAACAACUUAUAAACCACUGCAACAAGAGAACUAAUCAGCAACAAAUGGCGUUCACAGAUUUCAACCAUAAUGGUUUUCAAGGAAUGCCGAUGCAAUAA